AAUAAAAAGUUGCCGGACCGCAAAAUGGGUUUAGACAAGUCCGGCAACGCUGUCCGCGAAGUAUCCACUUUUUCACGACAAAGAAUUUGUGUGGCACAGAAUUUAUUAAAUUAGUAACAAUUGCAGCAACCUAAAAUGCCGCUGGUCUAAGGCAGAGAUUACAAGUGUUCCCAGGGUAUUAGUGAAAUAGCGUUGAUCGCUCCCCACUCGCCUAGAAGCGAGCUGUGAAAACCACAAACUUCGGUUGCGACGCACCAUUUUUUGUAUGCUGUGAGGCAGGGGUCGGGCAACGGGAACAGGGAAUCGGGAGAAUGGAGCAGAACUCCAAUAGCGCCCCUGCGGAAAUCUUCGCGGAGGACUCCGGUUGCAGCAGCGGCACCGCCCGGUUUGUGGGCACGGCCCCGGAUGCUGACUUCGGUAUCGAAAACUGCUCGGGAUCCGCCUCGGGCAGCGAUACCGUCAGCGCAAACCAUGAGUUCCAGACGAUGAAGCCGGGACCGGGGGUAAUACACAAGCUGCCGGCGGUGGCUACCAACGGACGCAGUCGCUCCGAAUUGCCGCACAGCGAGUUGGUCAAGAUGCUGUACUAUCUGGAAGGAGAGCUGCAGGCUCGCGAUGUGUGCAUCGCUGCUCUGCGCAACGAACGGGUUAAACAACUUAUCACCCAGCUGCGCACUAAGCGCCUCCAGCCAAAUGAUCCAUAUGCGGCCAUAUUCCGGGACAAGAUUGCCCUGAACGGGAAUCUUAUCUCCAGGGAGUCAUCCACACAGGCUGCCCAGGCCGAGAUGGAGGUGCGUCAGAUUAUAGAGCAGCAAAUGGAGCAGCAGUACCAGAUGGUUAGCAAGCAAAGGGCUACGCACGUUCGCAUGGUAAACAUACUCACUGAAUCGCUGGAGAACAACCAGCGAAUGCUGCAAGAACUGGAGGAGGAGAAGCGAAAGCACGAGCACGAUACGGCGCAGGGCGACGACAUCACAUAUGGUCUCGAAAUGGAGCGCUCCAAGUUGAAGCAGGACCUCGAGGAGGAGCGCGCCCAAGUAGCUAAGAUGGAGAAGGACCUCAAAAAGCUACAAGAGACGCUGGAGUACGAGAGGAAUCGACAGAAACAGAUUGUGCUGCUACUGAUUGCAGAGCGCAAGAAGAUCUUGAUGAAGUACAUUGAGGAGGGUAAACGCUCGGAGGACUUGGCCCAGAUACUUGCUGAGGAGAAACAGCGCUCGGAUACCAUUGCCGAGGGCUUGGAGGAGGAGAGCAAGAAGUCGCUGCGCAUGGAGGAAGAGCUGGAGAAACAGACCCAAGCCAUGGAGCUGGAGCGUAAGACUCUCUUGGCCAAGUUGGCCAAAGAGGAGCUAAGAGUUAAAGAGUUGGAACAGGAGCUCAAUAAUCUGCGCGGCGAGCAUGAGGCUCUCAAGAAGCAACACCAGCUGGGGGCCAGCAGUUCCUCCGUGGCCGCUGCCAAGGCGCGACAGUUUAGCGACGAUGCCUGUGCCACGCCCCCUAUGGUAAAUAUCGCCAAGAUCGUGCAGCCAACCGCCACGGUAAGCAGUAUGCCGGUAUCAGGUCCCCAGACUGGCAUUGCUCGGUCUAUAGCACCAGGUCAGAACAUCCGGAGUGCCGGGAUAGCAACGGCGCCCACAGGCACAGCCACAGCCGUGAUGGCACCACCACCACCGGCGGCUGCAAUAAACCAUAAUAACACACCGACAAAUCCAACUUCAAACAAUACUACCAACGCCACCAGUGCAGCUGGAAGCUCCUCUGUGGACUCAUCAGGUGUUCCCGUCACCGUUCCCACACCGGCACCACCAUCACCAUCACCGGCGAAGAUGCAGCCCACAGCCACUAUUCAGCGGGCGCCUGGCGGAAAAUAUGCUGCUCUAGCUGCGGCAGCAGCACUUGACCAGACGGCUGUGCCACCACAUCCCCAUCCUGUGCCCAUAGCCGUGCCACCCGUUACAGUACCGCCGGCCGGAGCUCGCGGCGCUCCGCCUCCAAUACCGACCAAGCCAAUUGUUCCGCCAAAACGAGAGCCAUCGCUUUCACGGCUUGGCUCCAUCACGGGCAGCAGUGCCAUAGUGGCAGCCACCACCACAGCGUCGACGGCCGCGGCAGGUAUAGCCACAGCGGCGGCUGUGGCCACGGCGAAGCAUAAUUAGACACCUCUCACAAUCACAACCACAUAAUUAACCAAUAUUGGCUUAGUUUAAGCGAAAUACUCAAAGCGUAGUCCCUUGAUGAGCGCUAGGCAACAGGAUCUUCCAUCUCGAACUGCCAUUUAAAGUCGAACUCCAUUCCUCCCAACUGCUGCCUAAUUUUUGAAUUGGUGGUCAUUAUUAAUGACUCCUUAAGUAGCUAUUAAUUUUAGAGUCAUAAUUACGACGUUCUGUUAUCAAGCAAUAGAGGAUUCAUGUUUUAGGAGCUAUCUGAUUCAAAAUUUCAAAAAACCAUUAUUUUAAUGUCCAAUUUUUAAGAUAUAGAUGACCAUUUGUGUUUUUUUUUGUACCAUAUAAGGUAGAAUUGUUUUUAUAUAGUCGGUAACUUUAUUUUUAUUAAAUUCUCUGUUGUCAGUUCGGGAUUGGAAACUUUAUAAUCAAAAAUAAUUUAUUGAUUUCUAUUAUUUCUGUUGCCUAGUGUGUUUGUCGCAAAAACAAAAAAUUAUAAGUGAAAUGAGUAGAAGAAAAUAUAAGUUUUGUUAAGAUUUAGAAUGAUGGACAUGCAGUGUGACCCACCCCGACGGCUCCUCAUCUUAGGAAACUAGUUUUUGUUUUUUUCCCCCCAAAAACCUGUCGAAUGGAACAUUUUUUAUAAUUGCCGUUGGCGGUCCAAGGGCCAAGCCAAGAGACAUGCAAGUUUAAUUGUAAUUCCGUACGUAGUAACCGAACAUUUGUACAAGGCCGUGCGAUUCUCAUAAUGAUAAAAAAAAAAGGAAACAGAAAAAAAAACAGAAUAUAUAGUAUAUAUAUAGACAUACCCGCAGAUAUAUAUAUAUUCCCAAUAUUUGCAUAUAUAUACAUAAAUAUGUGUUUUACCCUUGUGCUCUGUGCGUUGUUUAAUAGUUCUUAGGUGCGAAGUCGUAUACGUGUAUAAACUUCCUUUAUGUGCAGCUGAAAAGUACUUUUAGUGAUUGGUUUUAACAUUAUUUUAAGUUUGGCUUAAGCAUUCUUGAUUUGCCGCCUAGCCGAUUCCGGAGAAUGAUAUCCUAUAGAAUUAUCCACACCGUUUACACUAGUUUAGUUAGCUGGGACACCAUUUGUUUGGGGGCCCAGCAGGAUGGAGCUGAUUUUAAACGUUGUGUUUAGCCCCCCCCUCCUUAAUUACAAAUGCAUACUGUGAACGUCCUCCCUCCAGCUCUCCCCAGCAGCAUGGAUUUCCUUUUAGUCAAAGGGCAACAGCCAGUCAAGUAGCGUUGUUGGUACAAUAAAUAGCAAAGAGGCACAAGAUAUAAACAAAAUGCGUAUGAAUAACAAGUUAGCAGUGCAUUAAAAUCUAUAACAAAUUACGAUGUAUUGGAAAAGCGAAAAAUACAAAAUAAAUUACACUAAAAAUGCAUUCAAAAUCA